GGUUUCUGUAUUAAACGACGGACUUUAGAAAGUGGCAGAUAGUUGGGCAGAAUUUGGUCAAAUACCGAGAGAAUCAACCGAACAACAGCAAUGGAGGAGCAAAGACUGUACAGAAGUCUAGCCAUGGAGAUUUUGAGGGAGGAAAAAGACAUGUACAGACCGUAUCUCCCCGACCCUAAGGCCGAGACGGCCACCUCCCCACACAGCACAUCAGACUCUGGACUAGAGGAUCCCUCCAUCAGCCCCGCCUCCAGUUGCACGGAUUACAAAUCUGACGUGGAAUCCUCUCUAUCUCUGCCGCAGUCAGAAGCAUCGGCUUUCAGCAAAAUUCAGAAACUCUCGCUUAAUGCGGAAUCCAGAUAUCCUUUCCCUCCAACUGCAAUGCCGAUAAUGUUCCCAAAUUCCGGACUCGGGUAUUUCCCGACAUUCCCAAUGUCACCGUGGAUACCAGCUGACACCCUGUCGAAAGGGUUCCCUUCCAUGUCUCCAAUGACGUCACGAUCUGAUGUCGGACCGCGCGAGGUUCCUCCGGAAGAUGUAUUUUACCGCGUGGACCCAAGGGUGCCCUUUACAAACUAUUUCAUGAACUUAACCAAACUUCUGAAAAAAGACGAAAAGAGUUCCGAGGCGAGUCACAAAGACUGUGACCGCUAUGAAACACUGUCUCGGGAGGAAUCCGACUGUCACUCCGACGAAGAGGAAAUGACCCCCAAGGAAGAGGACGAAAACGAGCGCCAAACCUCCACAAAUCAGACCGACGAUUUGAAAUCCCCAAUCCCCCACUCGGCCAGGAACCCUGACUAUAGAAACAUGUCGGCUCUGAUGACGAAUCCGGCCUUGCUAUGUCUGUCACAGAUGCACCCGUACCCCUCUAAAGUCCCGUCGGCGGAAUCCCUUCCCCAUCUAUCUAGUGCCCAGACCUCCAUGAUCCAGUUGAUGAGCGGUAUGUCCGCCCCCUCGGCGGCCUUGAUCCACCCCGCGUUCCUCCACAUGUCUGCCCUGGGACAGAAACGACUGAACCAAGAGAAGCCCCCGCCCGUCAAAAAAUACAAGUGUGACGUCUGUGGCAAGGCUUUCUCCAGGAGCAACACCCUAGUCACCCACAAACGUAUCCACACAGGGGACAAGCCGUUCAAGUGUGAGAUCUGCGGGCGCGCCUUCCGUCAGCCCGGGAAUCUGACCCGGCACCGCCUGACACACACCACAGUCAAACCCUAUGUCUGUCCCACCUGUAACAAGGCCUUCAACCGCGCCUCCAACCUACACACGCACAUGCGCACUCACACCAACUAUCGGCCCUUCAUCUGUCCGUACUGUGGCAAGGGGUUCCACCAAAAGAUCGACAUGAAGAUCCACUGCUACACACACACAGGAGAGCGACCUCACCGCUGCGACAUCUGUGGGAAGGGGUUCACUCUGGCCAGCACCCUCAACACGCACCGCCGCAUUCACGCCGAGCAGAGGGGCUUCACCCUUAUGGAGGGAGAAAUCUCGCCCGGGGGCAGCGGCCACACCGCCCCGAGCGCUACACAGGUCAGCUCCUAGCCCCCCAUGAGUGACAGCAGCUAGUGAACGACUUAUGGAGUCGAAAUCAGACUACUAGAUUGUGUACAUAGAAUCGUUGCCAUUUUGUUUUAGUUCCAUUUCAUUUACUAUAACUGCUCGCAUUCCAGUUAUCAAUAUAAAAUUAACACAUUGACGUAAAAAGUUGUAAUUUAUUUCAUAUUUACAUGUAACAAGUUGUUUACGAGCUGGUCACGUUUACGUACUUCCAUGCUAUUUAUCAAUUUAUUAUUUUUCUUAGUAAUUUAUUGUACAAUGUAGUUGUGUAUCUGGUGCAAUUUUGUUGAAUUUUAUUUGUUGUUGAUAUGAAAUAAAGAAUUAAAGUUC